GUUAACUAUAAAAGCCUUAAACUUAAACACAAACAUUUAACAAUUACUAAUUGUACAACCUAAACAAAACAACUUAAACUUUAACAAAAUGUUCAAAUUCAUCGCUGUCUGCUUCUUCGCUUUGUUGGCUGUUGCUGCCGCUAAACCCGGUUUGGUAGCUCCUUUGGCUUACUCUGCUCCUUUGACUUAUGCUGCCGCCCCAGCUGUUGUUGGUCAUGCUUCUUAUGUAGCUCCUUAUGCCUCCACCUACAAUGCCCAUCACAUUGCUCACUCUGCUGCUUUCCCUGCUGCUUAUGCUGCUGCUCCCGUAGUAGCUGCUGCCCCUGCUCAUUACGCUGCUGCUUAUGCUACUCCUCUUGCCACUCCCUUCGCCGCCCCCGUUUUGUUGAAGAAGUAGAUUCAGAGAAUUGUAUUUGAAUAAAUGAAAUCAAAAAUGUGAUAAACUAAAAAA